GAUGCUCUCCACAGGCGAUUCGAGCGCGCAGUCGACAUCAUUCAGAGCCUGCCCAAGAGUGGCCCGAUCCAGACCAGCUACGACCAGAAGCUCGAGCUGUAUGCCGUCUACAAGCAGGCUACCGAGGGCGACAUUCGCGGCUCGCGCCCUGGCCUCCUCGACAUCCUCGGACGGGCAAAGUGGGACGCGUGGAACAAGCGCAAGGGCAUGAGCCAGCUCGAGGCCGAGCGACUCUACGUCGACGCGUUGAUCAAGGUGCGUCGCUCCCGCACUACGGUCUCAUCGGUGCGAGGACAAGAGAUCUGA